AUGCGCGCUGCGAGCUUGCAAACGUGGAACACGGAAGACCAGGAGGCCGCCGUCGCGUCGCCGGAGGCCGCCGUCGCGUCGCCGGAGGCCGCCGCCGCGUCGCCGUUGCUGCGGCCGCAUCGCUCACACGCGCUCCGCGGGAUCUUGGUGCCCUCAUCUCCUCAGCACUUUGACGACGACGGCAGGGAGAAGAGGACAGGGACGGUAUGGACGGCGGCGGCGCACAUCAUCACGGCGGUGAUCGGUUCCGGCGUGCUGUCGCUGGCGUGGGCGAUGGCCCAGCUGGGGUGGGUGGCCGGGCCGGUGAUCCUGCUGCUCUUCGCGGCCAUCACCUACUACACCUGCUGCCUCCUCUCCGACUGCUACCGCGUCGGCGACCCUGCCACCGGCAAGCGCAACUACACCUACACCGAGGCCGUCGAGUCCUACCUAGGCGGGGGGUACGUCUUUUUCUGCGGCGUCUGCCAGUAUGCCAACAUGUUCGGCACCGGCAUCGGCUACACCAUCACUGCGUCCGCCAGCGCCGCGUCUAUCCUCAAGUCCAACUGCUUCCACUGGCACGGGCACGAAGCUGACUGCAGCCAGAACACGAGCGCCUACAUCGUCGCCUUCGGCGUGGUGCAGGUCAUCUUCAGUCAGCUCCCCAACUUCCACGAGCUCUGGUGGCUCUCCGUCAUCGCUGCCGUCAUGUCCUUCUCCUACGCCACCAUCGCCGUCGGCCUCGCUCUUGGCCAGACCAUCUCAGGUCCUACGGGAAAGACGACGCUGUAUGGCACGCAGGUCGGCGUCGAUGUCGCUGACGCAACGCAGAAGACAUGGCUGACAUUCCAGGCUCUUGGAAACAUCGCGUUUGCCUACUCCUACACUAUAAUCCUCAUUGAAAUCCAGGACACGCUGCGAUCUCCGCCGGCUGAGAACAAGACGAUGCGGCAGGCGUCGAUCCUGGGCGUGGCGACGACGACGGCGUUCUACCUGAUGUGCGGCUGCCUGGGCUACUCGGCGUUCGGCAACAGCGCGCCGGGGAACAUCCUCGCCGGCUUCUACGAGCCCUACUGGCUGGUGGACUUCGCCAACGUGUGCAUCGUGCUCCACCUCGUCGGCGGGUUCCAGGUGUUCCUGCAGCCGCUGUUCGCGGCGGUGGAGGCCGGCGCGGCGGACCGGUGGCCCAGCUCGAGGCAGGGCCACGGCGGCGUCAACGUGUUCCGCCUCGUGUGGCGCACGCUGUUCGUGGGCCUCAUCACCCUCGGCGCCGUCCUGCUGCCCUUCUUCAACAGCAUCCUCGGCAUCCUCGGCAGCGUCGCCUUCUGGCCGCUCACCGUCUUCUUCCCCGUCGAGAUGUACAUCAGGCAGCGGGAGAUCCCGCGGUUCAGCGGCACCUGGCUGGCGUUGCAGACCCUCAGCUUCUUCUGCUUCAUCAUCACCAUCGCCGCCGGUGCCGCAUCCGUGCAGGGCGUGCGCGACUCACUCAAGACCUACGUGCCCUUCCAGACAAGGUCGUGAUGAUGAAGCCGCCGUGAACAUGGUCUACGACUACGAGCUUGUAAACAAGAUGCUCAUCGCGUGCUGGUCGAGCUUGUUGGGGCUGUCUAGGAAGCUGCGACUGUGGGCUGGGUGGCAUUAUGUUUUUGUGGGGAUGAGCAUAGGAGCAGAUAAUGCAGGUUAGGCACAAGAUCAGCUAA